AUGAAGAGGCAGGACAUCGCCGAAUUGAAAGACAUUUGGGGGACAGACGAGAAGGUGCUCGAGGUGCUUCAGAAGCUGAUACAGGUGGCGUCACACCUGUCAUGCGCUGUGCGUGCGCCUUCUCACAACGAUCUGGAGCUAGCCCAACUCGACCUUCUCGCGCGUGACGUGGCCCACGGGUAAGUGUGUUUUUUUGCGUGUCCGAGGGCGGCCCAAUAGACGAAUGAGACGCAGCUCUACUGACGCUGCACUCCGGGUUAUUCUUUAGCUUGUUUUCUUCGCCCGUCUACAUUUUGAAACGCCCGAACUCCUCUCACCCAAGAACACGGCUUUUCACAUUUAAUUUUACUUGAACGUUGCAAAGUAUCAAUUUAAGCUAAUAUCUUCGAAUAAUAUUUUGUUCUUAUACCACUCUGCGUGUUAAAAUUGUG